UCCAAGCCUGACGCUGGUCUCUUUUACAACUUCCCACUUCCUAGUCUAGCAAUGAAGCCGUUGUGGUGAUUUCAGGUACUGGAAAAGGCCUAGGGACCUCUCCUUGUCAAUUGCCAUCCUUCCACACAUCCUUUCCAUCUCCUCCCUCUCACUCCCCCAUCAUUCAUGCAUCUCAGAGGUUGGCCCACUGCCUUCUUGAGGAAAGGCCCCUUAAUACCUCAAAGCCACCACUGAAACAAUCCACUUUGCUUCCAUCCCAGCAGCCAUAAUGAUGCUCAUUUCUGGCUUCCUAUUCUUGCUCCCGCUUCUUUUCCAGAACCAGGGAGUUGAUGGGGUCCCUCCUCAGCUGAGAGGUGCCCAGUGCAGGACAAGACCUACCGAUCUGGUGUUCAUUGUUGACAGCUCCCGAAGUGUGCGCCCCAAUGAAUUUGACAAAGUCAAGGUUUUUGUGUCUCAGGUCAUUGAGGCACUUGAUAUAGGUCCUAAUACAACUCGGAUUGGAGUCAUCAACUAUGCCAGUGCUGUCAAGAAUGAAUUGUCCCUAAAAACUCAUCAUACCAAGGCCAGCCUGCUACAAGCAGUUCGCAGGAUUGAGCCUCUCUCCACAGGGACCAUGACAGGCCUGGCUAUACAGUUUGCCAUCAACAGAGCAUUCAGUGAAGGGGAAGGAGCCAGGGUGCGAUCCCCAGAGAUCAACAAGGUGGCUAUCGUAGUGACUGAUGGUCAUCCCCAGGAUGGGGUGAAAGAUGUAUCAGCAAGGGCAAGAGCUCUCGGGAUUGAAAUCUUUGCCAUUGGCGUGGGCCGCGUCGACAUGCAUACCUUGCGACAGAUAGCUAGUCAGCCCUUGGAUGACCAUGUUGACUAUGUUGAAAGUUAUAGUGUCAUUGAGAAGCUGACCAAAAAGUUUCAAGAAGCUUUCUGUGUUGUGUCAGAUUUGUGUGCCACCAGAGACCAUGAUUGCCAGCAGAUCUGUGUCAGUACAGGAGCCUCGUAUACCUGUGCUUGUGAAGCGGGUUUCACUCUUAACAAUGAUGGGAAGACCUGCAGUGUGUGUAUUGGAGGACCUGCCAUGGAUCUCAUCUUCCUGAUAGAUGGAUCAAAAAGUGUUAGGCCUGAAAACUUUGAGCUGGUGAAGAGGUUCAUUAACCAGAUUGUGGAUUCUCUGGAUGUGUCAGAUAAAAACACUCAGGUGGGCUUGGUCCAGUAUUCUAGCUCAGUCAAGCAGGAGUUCCCACUGGGGCAAUACAAAAACAAGAAGGAUAUCAAAGCAGCAGUGAGAAAGAUGUCAUAUAUGGAAAAAGGCACCAUGACUGGCCAGGCUUUGAAAUAUUUAGUAGACAAUUCCUUUGCCAUCUCCAGUGGAGCAAGGCCUGGAGUCCCCAAGGCGGCCAUUGUGUUUACUGAUGGACGCUCCCAAGAUUACAUCAAUGAUGCAGCCAAGAAAGCCAAAGAAUUAGGAUAUAAGAUGUUUGCUGUUGGAGUGGGCAAUGCUAUUGAAGAUGAACUCAAGGAAAUUGCCUCUGAACCAGUGGCAGAGCACUACUUCUAUACAGCUGAUUUCCGAACCAUCAAUCAAAUUGGAAAGAGGCUGCAAACUAAAAUAUGUGUUGAAGAAGAUCCAUGUGAAUGUGAAGCCAUUGUCAAAUUCCAGAGAAAGGUAGACAACCUCAUAAAGGCAUUGACACGAAAACUUGAAGCUGUAUCAAAAAAGCUUGCCAUUCUAGAAAACAGGAUCACUGUUUAAAAUGUAGGAUAAUGUGGCUCCUUCCCAACUUAAAAUGAGGAUACCAGAAGACUUCUGCUGAUACAGCUGGAGAGCUCUUUCAGAUGGUACCCAAGGUCCAACUAUUGGAAGUGUCUUUGUUUUGGGAGAUGAAAAAGUUGAAUCUUUCGCAUAUAAAUCACAGCAAAAGCUUGUAUGUUCUUGUUUAUUGAAUGACACUAAACAUUUCUUACCUCACAGAAUAUGCAUGCAUUAAUUACCUGAAGAAUCAUUUUAAUCAAAGCUUAAUAUAUACAUCUUUUAUGUUUUAAUGCAUUCUUUUUGCAAGUUCUGUGAAUGGUAAUUGGGAUUUUCUGUAUUUUUGGGGGGUGGGGGUCCGUUGUGCCCUUAGUUUUUUUAAAGAACUUAAUUUGACUUAUGUGACUUUGAAUGUUAUGAUUUUUUUAAAAAAAUGGUAAAUAUAUAAUUCACUAUGAAAUACCUAUGAGUAGAUGAAAGAAUUAUAUAAUACUUGAUAGGACAUAUUAGAAUAAGAUGCAUCUGCUACAAGCCUGGAAAAAGAAGGUGAGUUUAGAUAUCUAAUAAUAAUAACAAGAACAAUAAUAACCAAGGCUGAUAUUUCUGCUCAUAGCAGCAUAACACCUGGUAUUAAAAGGUCACAUCUGGAGUUUUCUACAAUGGACUCAUCUAUGAACGUAUUUACAAUGAUGGCAAUUAUGCUGCUGACCUAAUCCCUCCUAAUGUUACCAGGGAUGUCCUCAGGGUGUGGUAAAAAAAAUCAAGACAGUAGCCAUGAUGGUGUGAUUGAACUACACCCAUUUUUCCGUGUGAUACACAUGCAAAAUGGGUGGAGCUUCAAUUGCAUUCUGGCGGCCAUCAUCUUGACUUUUUUUGACCACACCCUGAGGACAACCUUGAAUGCUGACUACACUCUCAGCAAACAAAAGUGUCAUAGUCAAAUCAAGCAGGAAGUGCAGGACACUGGUUUUGAAGGAGACUCUAGCUAUGAUGUUUUUGUCACCUUUAUAAUGUCACACAAUUCACAUUCUUCUCUGCCAAGGCAGGAUAUCAUCUCAGAUGGUAUUGAAGCUACCAGCCACCCAGGGAUACUACCAUUCCUGUUGGCUUCAGAAGACUAAAAAGUGAACCUCAAGCCAUGCUGUCCAUCUCACAUUUGUUUAUCAUCACUGCCCCUCUCCCACGGUGAGCCCAAGUGGUUGAACUUCAGUUCCUUUUUUCCUUUAAAAGGUUUUGUAUCAAAAUAUUUGUACCUGAGGAUACAUAAAAGGCCUUUUCAGAAAUAUCAUGCUAAAUGAAUGGUGUCUUG